AUGUGGCCCCCGCUCGGGAGACACAACUCAGAUAGCGCGUGGGAGGUCGUGGACUCCAAGAGCAUCGAGCCCGUGUCCGUCUACGACGAUCCCGACGAUCUCCCCAUACUCCGAGUGGCCUCGGAGAACGUGAACGUGUCUUGCACGUACGACGUCCGGCCGCCGCACGCAGACGACAAGGCGCGCAGCCCCGUCGUCGCCGCGCUGCUCAACGCACGCGGCCGCCUCCUGCGCGAGGCCGCACUCGCAGGGUACAACGCCCUGCUCGUCGAAGGGUGGUCCGUGACGCUCCAGCGCAAGGCCGCGUUCCACACGUCGCACACGCACCCGCAUUCCCCGCCGUUCCGGCUCGCCGUGCACUACACCGGGCGCCCCGCCCUCGUAGGCGGCGCGCACCCGGGCACGCGCCCGCCCCCGCCGUUCCUCGGCAUGCUCCAGGACUGGGGCGCCCAUGUCGACCGCGCGUACUUCAGCGCGGUGCCCCGCGACAGCGGGGAGCGCUCCGUGUCGCGCUCGACCUCGACCUCGCGGGUGUCGCGGGUGCUGCGGACCGCGUCGUCGCCGCCGAGGUCGCCGUCGCCGAGGGAGGUGAAGCGGAAGAGGGUGCUGCCGGGCGGGGUCGCGACGUGGAGGAGGGGCGUCUCGAGCGUGUUGAGGAUUAUGCAUCUGUGA